UUUGUUUUUUUCGCAGAACGCAAGAGACGUUGAAGUUUUGUAGCGUGCGGCGAUUAUCCUGUGAAAGUGUUAUCCUUCUCCGAAUUUAAUUGAUUUACUCGGCGAUGUUCCCUGAAGAAUCAACUUUGUAUUCCAAUCGUCCUGACUGGAAGGACGUUACGCCGAUAAAGCAGGACGAUGGUCCCCAUUCGGUUGUAAGCAUUGCUUACCAGGAAAGAUUUGUGGACGUCUAUGACUACUUCAGAGCAAUCUUGGCGAGUGGCGAGAAAUCUGAUAGAGCGCUGGAUUUGACAAAAAAUGCGAUCUAUAUGAAUGCUGCCAAUUACACCGUUUGGGAAUACAGACGGCAGAUCCUUGUGGAGAUGAAAAAAGACUUGCGCGAGGAAUUGGAAUUCGUCGCCUACGUUAUCGAUCUCCAUCCGAAAAAUUAUCAAGUUUGGCAUCAUCGCCAAGCGCUUGUGAAACUUUUGAGUGAUCCAUCUGGAGAGAAAGAUUUGACAGCGCACGCAUUCCGGGAAGACCCGAAGAACUACCAUGCCUGGCAACAUCGGCUUUGGUGUGUGAGAACAUACAAUUUUUACGACGGAGAGUUGGAUUUCACUGAAGAAAUGUUGAACUCGGAUGUGCGAAACAAUUCAGCGUGGAACUACAGGUAUUCCAUGAUCCAAGAUACCACCAAGUUCACUCCAGACGUGGUGGAGUCCGAACUGAAAUUUACUGUUGGAAAGAUCAAGCUUGCUGAGAAUAACGAAAGCGCAUGGAAUUAUCUAAAAGGGGUUCUCUUUCAGAAACCGGAAGGACUCGGAACCUCGGAAUACGUGAAUGCCUACUGUUGGGACUCAUACCUCAAAGGGUCGAGAUCUCCUUAUCUCCUGUCAACAAUGGUUGAAAUCAUCCAGGAUAAGCUCGGCAAUAAAAAAGAGGUUUCUUUGGUCGAAGAAGCUGCCAAGCUUUGUACGGAAUUGGCGGAUAAAGAAGACACGAUUCGAGCCGAGUAUUGGAAUUACAUGAAGCGGCGCGUUUCUUCCAAGUUCAGCUGAAGAAUUUUUCCUUUUUCAAUGAAAUCCGUAAUUGGUAUUGUGGUGGUGUUUGAGAUUACAAGGUGUCCUGUUCAA